AUGGAUAUGUCAGAUGGUAUGACAAUGGGUGGUGCACCAACCGAUGGCUCAGCGUUGAAUGCUACUGGCAUCGAGCUGUCCAACAUGACGCAGGCUGCGGACUAUUUGGGAGAAAUCUUGGAUGAUUCUGUUUUUCAGAUAAAUGGAAAUGCUGCUGCCAGACAUUUUUGGUAUGGAGUCUGUGCGGUUAUCGGCAUAGCUGCUUUUUUCAACUUCGCACAGAAGGCUAUCAUAUUUUUCAGAUUGAGGGCAGCUGCAUCGAAUAAAGCACGACCAGCAUCGCCAUCCAAUCCUUUGACAAUAUUGCUAGCUACAAUAACAGCAAUUGGUCGGGAAGCAUCAUAUUCCCAGUUCAUACCACACAAUGCAACUGCCGCAAAGUACUUCAAGAUCCCUCCUCUUGGGACUGUUAUGCUCUUGAUAUUACAUCUAGUGUGGGUUAUUAUCCUCGAGUUUGCGAACAACAACGUUCCAGGAGCCCAACACUUUACUUCAUUGGGUGUUCGUGCAUCCUGGUUGGCUGUUGCACAAGUCCCUCUACUAAUACUCCUAGCUGGAAAGAAUAGUCCACUCGGACUUGUCAGUGGUAUCUCAUAUGAACGCUUGAAUGUUGUUCACCGAUGGACUUCAAGGAUUCUUCUGUUUCUUGUUACCCUGCAUGUGAUUUUCCUUCACUUAGCUUGGAAUGCAUCUGACCUAGGACCUCUGGAAUAUUCUACCGAUUCGUGCAUUCCAACUGGCUGGGGAGCAUAUGCCCUGCUGCUAUGGAUGAAUAUUAGCACUUGCGCACCUAUCAGGAAUUUCUCUUAUGAGUUCUUUGUAGUUCAGCACAUCAUCACCUUUUUCGGAUUCAUCAUUGCCAUUAUGAUGCAUCUUCCAGAUACUGCUUUAUACUCUAGAGUUUAUAUUUAUAUCCCUAUUGCAUUAUACAUAAUCGACAGGAUAAUCCGUACCGGGAGAUACGCUUGGAACAACGUUCGCACCCCAACGGCAACAUUGACGGUCUUAGAAGGUGGUGUUACUCGGGUUUGUAUCGAAAGCAAAGCUGUCAAAAAGUGGAACCCUGGCUCUCACGUUCUCCUAUCAAUACCUCAACUUGGAAUUGGGCAAUCUCAUCCAGCAACGAUUGCUUCCACACCAUCAUCACAUGAUGGCAAGCUGGUCUUCUUGCUUAAAGCACACAAGGGAUUUACGGGUCGCCUAUUAUACGCAGCAGAAAACUCGCCAGCAUCAAAUUCGCCAUGGAAAGCCCGAAUUGAUGGACCAUAUGGUAAUACUGUUGACUAUGCUGCUUUCGACACCGUCCUUCUCAUCUCAGGUUCAACUGGUACAACCUAUACGCUUCCAAUUCUCUUAGAUAUUGCAAAUCGUGCACAAAGCACCCAACUUCCAGUUCAGCGCAUCGUCUUCGUUUGGAUAAUCAAAAACACUUCAUGGACAUCUUGGAUUGCAGACGAACUCGCAUCAGCAGCCGAGAAGCUUGACGCAGUUGGAAUCGAGCUCACAAUCCGAAUUCACGUAACCUGCGACAACAACUUUACAACCGGAGAUAGCAAUACAGAAGCUAACUGCUGUGCUUGCGACAAAAGUCUCGGUCCUUGCUGCUGUAUAUCCGUCGAUGCUGAUACUGAUGAUGAUGAAAUCACAUCUAUCGAUGAAAAGGGCACUAAAAUCAGCGCCAAGCCGAAAAUCACAAGUGCUUCUAGUAUUACUUCAGGGACUCGAUCAUCAAUUUUACCAUGCGCAGUUUUCCAGAGCGGAAGACCUGAUUUCCAUCCCCUUUUAGGCGAAUUAUUAGUGAAAGCCGAGGGGAAACUGGGAUUGCUAAUGGAUCAAGUUAAUUCAGGUCUUCACCAGCAGAUACCCACAACAUACAGACAAUUGCAGCCACAAGCAGAACAAGCUCUCCAGCAUGGUCAACCUCAUCUUCACCACCACACUCUUACAUCCCAGGCAGGACUCGAUCUGUCGGGUUUGGUCCAAGAUGAUAACAAUUCCGUCUAUCACCCAGACUUGAGAAGCUUGCAGGAUCCAAAUGCAGGACAUCCUAUUGCUCAUCAAUAUCCUUCUCCAAUCCCUUUUGAACGAAACAAUGGGCACCCUCAAAUGCAUGUUCAGAAUACUGGCAUUCAAAAUACUGGACUUCAAAAUAGCAUUCAAAAUAAUGGCAGCCCCCAUACCCCUCAGCAACAACAUCCUGGACCAGGACAAUUCGGAAUCUUGACUGCAGGUCCCUCUCUUCACCAUAACCCAAUUGGCAGAUUGCAGCAAGGCUUGCCACAAGGUUUGCAGCAAGAUGAUAAUUUAUUUGGCACACCUGAUGAAACAGAUCAGAAAAGCAUUGGACAUCAUUCUCACAAGAUUGUUCCCAACCCUCCGGAUUUGGCAGCAUGGAGAGAGAAGUUAUUCAAUGUCAAUGAGAUGAUCACUUUGAGUGAAGAAGAGUAUAAUACAUAUUUUCCUCAUGUCGAUAACGUUUACUCCCAUCGGUCAACUCAAAAAUACAAGCGCAAGCCAUUUGUUUCUCACUACUGGGAUUGCCGUCUCAAAGGUAGGCCGCCAGGAACUGCCAAAUCCGAUGAUCCGAACAAAAAGAAGCGAAAGCGCACUGCGCGAGAAAGAGAUCUUUGCGAUGUCAAAAUCAAGAUUACAGAGUACUUUCCGGGUGCUAUGUUACGGGCAGAUUUUCAACCAGAUGGAGGCGCAUCGGCAGAUCCAUCCCAAGCGAACAACUUUUUUGCGCAAGCGGGACCUCACCAACAACAAUUUGCCCUUCCUCUCAACAACAUAAAUAUCCCACCCAAUCAUCCAGGCGCCACAGGUCAACGAUACUAUGAAAUUCAACGUGUCAAUGGAAACGGUGGCAACGGCAAGGGUGAUGGUGUUGCAGGACCUCACAAGCAUGAUCUAGCGAGAAGUGAUGAGAUCAAGAAGAACAGUAUUCUUCGAUUUCUUCAAAAGAGAGAAAAGGAGGAUAAAAAGACCCAGAAAACUUAUCACAAGAGAGCUAGUGGCCUAGCUUUGAGUACUGUAAAGAAACAUACGAAGGAGAAUGAAUUGAAGUUAUUUGGCAGUUGCUUUUGUCCUUUUGUUCAGCGAGUUUGGAUUGCUUUAGAAGCCAAAGGUAUUCAGUAUCAAUAUAUUGAAGUUGAUCCAUAUAAAAAGCCCCAAUCUUUGUUAGAGGUCAAUCCCAGAGGAUUAGUUCCUGCUAUUCGCCAUGGAGAUUGGGGUUGUGGUGAAAGUACUGUUUUGAUGGAAUAUCUCGAGGACCUUCAAACCGGCCCACCUCUAUUUCCCCAGGAUGCGCGAGCUAAGGCUCAUAGCAGACUUUGGGCCGACCACAUUGAUCGUAAAAUUGUCCCCACAUUCUACGCACUUCUUCAAUCCCAAAAUUAUGAAAAGCAAGAAGAAUUGACCGCAAAACUUCGCGAUGAAAUUUCUCAGAUUGUAGACGUAUGCGAUCCUCAGGGUCCAUUUUUCCUCGGUCCAACACUCACUUACACCGACGUUCAUUUCGCACCAUGGAUUCUCCGUUGCCGUCGUGUACUUAAGCAUUAUCGAGAUUGGCAAGAUCCGCAGCCGGGCAGUCGUUGGGCGAUCUGGUUUGAUGCGAUUGAGAAUAAUGAGUUUGUCAAGGUGACGACUAGUGCGGAUGAAUUGUACAUUGAUUCUUAUGAGAGAUAUGCUAUGAAUAGACCAGGUACGAGUGAGUUAGCAGAUGCGGUUAAUGGGGGAUUCAAUUUACCUUAA